AUGCUAUCCCGAGUAAUUCACGACCUUUAUCACCUUAAACGUAUUCACAGUAUUGUGCUGGAUGAGAAACUCGGACACGCGCUGAAGGCCAAACUCACCACACUCGAUCUCCGCGCCGGCCCCUCCCCGGGACCCUCCGCCCUUCGGCGAUUGCUGGAGUGUCUGGUGUACUUCCAGCUGGAGCAGAGUCCAGUCACGGCGAGUGCGGUGGCCCUCGUGCGGGAGGAACUUCCACAGAUGACAGGCAGUCAACUCUCCCGCACCAUCGCCGCCUGCUGCACACUCGGACAACACGAUGUCUCCGUCUCGGCGGUCCCUCUACUCGCAGAGGCAUUGCCGAGUAUUGACAGUGCAGGAACCGUGGAACUCAUUCAAUCCCUGGCAGAUGCCGGGGUUAGACAUGAGGAUACAUGGUCGCUACUGGCCGAUCAUUGUAUUAGACGAAUGGAUACCUUUACAGGAAGACAACUUUACUGUAUUAUUGAGUGUUUCUAUGAACGAAAGGUUCAUUAUCCAGACUUUUACAAAAUGGCAGAACGUCACAUUUGUGCACAACCAUCUAGUUAUAUUUCCAUGGAACAUUUAGGUGGAGUGAUUGAGUGUUAUAGAGGUCUUGGUAUGCCUGUUGUUUCUCUCCUCGCGGCGAGUUCUACCCGUUCAGCAGAGGGAUUUGAUAGUGGACUUAUUGCUGUGGCUCCUGCACGAACCAGACGAGGUCAUCGCGGGGAUGUUAGUGUAUUUUCCUCCGCAGGAGAAGGCACCUCUAAUCAUACCGUGAUUGCGGCAUUUGUGCAGUCUACACUGAAAGCCAUCAGCACCGCAGAUGACUCGCAGCUGACAGACAUGCUGCAGAAGUGUGAGGCCAAACAAGUUAUGCAUCCGGAGAUCAUGGAAGCAGCGGCUUUGCGAUUACAGCAAUUACACACAGAUACACCAGAUGUGGCCCGUACAACUGCUAUUAUGCGUUUGAUGAUGCGAUUUGAUAAAAAGGAAUGGUUUAUUACAGCCUCCCGUCCUCUUUCAGAGGUAUUGGAUGAGUGUGGAGAGAGUGCUAUUCCACUACUCGCACACCGUAUGUUGAGUAUAGCCAGCGCUACACUAAAGUUAUUUCCUCCAGAGAUACAACCAACAAAGUUUUACACCGCUCUUGUGCGAGAUUUAAAGUUUGAUGAUGUGGCUGCCAGUACAGAUACCAAACGACUACCACUUCUCACUGGUGUUAUGGUAUCUCUACACACAUAUGGAGGCCAUGCGUUAUUGGAACAACACAUGUCUGUUAUCGCAAUGGCCACAGCAAAUGCACCAUUUCGAGUACAAGUAGAACUUGCAGCCAUGCUUGCACCUCUACCAGCAGCACAGAAGGUAUUUUUACCAGAUCUUUUUAAUUCUCUUUCUUCACAAAAAAAUUGGGUACGUACUUUAACAGCACGAGAGACCAUUCUUCUUUUGGAUGCCCUCGCACGUAGUCGAUUACGAUUUAAUGAUUUACUCUUGGCUAUUGUAGAGUAUACAAGGAAAAAUUUAUCUCGUUUUGAAGCUUCUGAAUUAGUGAAUACUUUAUUACAAUGUGCCAUGUUAAGAUUUAAUGAUAUUGAGUUUUACUCUUCUACAGCUACACAUAUUCUUGAAAAGGCACCCAAAAGUACAGUACAUGAUUUAUGUUUACUUCUGUAUGUGUUUACAUUUGUCUUGAAAGGUGUUAUUCGUGUUGUUCAGCAAAUGUUACCACGUCUUCGUGUUUCAGCAGGACACACAACUCCACGUGAUAUUACAUUAGUUUUAUACAGUACGGUUAAACUUAGUAUUAAUCGUCAUGCCGAACUCACCACUCUUUUUUGUGAUCGUGCUGUGAAUGUAUUCACAUCCUUCAAGGGAGAAGAAUUAGCGAGUUGUAUGGGUUCCUUACGAGCUCUUAACUUUGACCAUGAGGGAUUUCUCUCUGCGACGGCACAAGUUCUGGGAAUCGCCUUAACUCGUCGUGAAGGUACUGCAACAAAAACAACAACAACACAUAAUGAUAAUGAAAUUAAACUCACAGAUACACAGAUUAUUUCUAUUGCAAGUACUAUCGUCCAAUUAAGACCUUCCUUACUUCAGUCUGAAUGGCAAAUGAGUCUUCAGCGGAUAUGCUUUACUUCCCUUGAAUCCGCAGGUGCCAGUCAAACACAUUUAAUUGCCAUCACAUUAGCCGCCUUAGAUAAGAUGCCGUGUACAUUGGAACAACAACAAUUAUUAUUAAGACGUGCAAACGUUGUAUGUGAACGUUUUCAAGGUGGAACUUUAGCGGCAGAAGUCCUUCUCGCUUUACAUGAUCUCAUGAUACGCAAUGGCUCUGAUGAAGUGCGGGAAACACUUGCGCCUUCCCCAUUACUUGCCUGUGCCCAAUCAAACAUGAGUAGUAUUAUGUCCAACACGGAAUUGCGUGAUCGACUGCGCAGUAAAGGACUUCUUGGACUCUUAUCGGGUGUUGGUUCUUCCAUCGGGGCGGACGAGGAUGAGCGGAUCUCACUGCACGAGAUUCCACUGCGGGAUUCACUGCUGAUGCACCACAAGUCAAUGCGCCGACCGGCCACACACACAAGGCGAGGGCGUAACAACACGAGUCGAGCCCUUAAACCAACAUCUAUCACAACAACAGCAACAUCAACAGCAGCAGGAACAACAACAAAAACAAAAACUGUGGGAGAUACAACAAAGACAGAAAAGAAGAGCCGCAGUCGUCGUUCAUCAUCUGAAAAACACGGCAAGAUGUCCGUAGCGGCUACAGCUGCGGCUAAUACUCGCAAAGGUUCUUCAGUGAACACGACUUCCAUUGACUUUGGAGUGGAGUCACAGGGAGAUGUGGAAGAGUUCCGCAUCUAG